GCUUGCGUGCGUCAUCAUCAUAGUUCACCGGCAUGCCCUACAACGAAGACCGUUCUUGCCUGCUGCGUGGCCCCAAUAUACUCUCUCAUCAUGCGGUCAAAACAGAACCGCUACGACCGAGUCGAUCCGUCCGAACACGCUCUGGACCACUACGAGUAUAUAAGACGUAUCACCUCUUGCACUAAUCUCUACAAGUCUAGCUCUAAUCAUCCUUGUAAUUCAUCAAAGCUCACUCGUCGUUAUCAUCACCGUCGAAAUGUCUCGUCCUCUUCCUAGCCGCACAACUAUCCUCAUCGUCGGUGCGGGGCCUGUUGGCAUCUCGCUGGCUAUCGCGUUAUCAAAGCAGGGCGUGAAUGAUUUUAUCAUUGUUGACAAGCUUGAGCAUACGGCGAAUACGAGCAGGGCAUUUUCGAUCCAUGCUGCUACUAUGGAGGCUCUGGAUACGAUAGGAGUGGCGGACACUCUCGUUAUUCGCUGUACGGCUGCCCACUGUACACACCUCUGCUCUCGGUCGGGAGCUACUCUCUUCACUAUCGACUUCUACGAUGCUCUUCAAAAAUGCUCGAAGUUCCCUUACAGCUAUAUAGUGCCGCAGAACAUCACGGAGGAGGUCCUAACACGGAGGUUGAAUGAGUUAGGCGUGGAGGUGUGGAGGGGUGAGAAAUAUAGGGUCGUCGGAAUGAAGGGGACAAAGGGAAGUGAGGAUACCGCAACAGUAGAGUUCUCGGGCGGCGAGACGGUGGAGGCGAAAUAUAUCAUUGGGGCGGAUGGAGCGAGGAGUGUGAUCCGUCAAAUCUCCGGAAUCUCUUUCAACGAUCCCCGCCCCUCCAAAUCAUCCAGUCAAAUGAUAGUCGCAGAUGUCCACUUCGCACAGCCGCUGCCUUCACUUCUUCCACCUUGUCACGAAAACGAGAUGUGCCUCAUCCCUUCAGCCACUGGCUUCAUGCUCUUCGAGCCGUUCCCGUCAGAGGGCUCUGAUCUCAAAGGUCCCUUGAUUCGUAUCGCCACCGCUAUACCACCCGAGAUGGGCACUCCUCCUGAUCACCCUGACCUCGAAUAUUGGCAGGCCGCCUGGGACAAGUUUGGGCCGUAUAAAGAGUCGAAGAUCGCAGAAAUCGUAACAAGCGCUCGGUUCAGGACACAUUCUGCCGUCGUGGAUCGUUACUUUACGCGUUUUCCAGGCGAUACGGGCAAAAAUGAUGAUGGGGUAAGGAAAGGAGCGGCCGUGUUCUUGAUAGGAGAUGCCGCACACGUACAUCCGCCAGCUGGUGGACAGGGUUUGAAUCUUGGAAUCCGCGAUGCGAUCUACCUUGCACCUGUCCUUGUCUCCCACAUCCGUUCGACCACCGAUGAUGACACGUCACUAUUAGCCUACGCCAACCUGCGCCGACAACGUGCUUUGGUAGUCAUCGGACUCGCCAACGGGAUGUUAGAUAGUGUGUUGCUCGUAGGAGACAAGAUUGUGCAGAUGUUGCCGGAUACGAUGGGGAUCAGAAGGGUAGGAGAGGAAGUGCAGAGGGGUUUAUUGGAGUGGGGCCUUUGGGGCCUUGGGAGGCUUGGGUGGGUGAGGAGAAAGGCGGGGUAUAGUCUGAGCGGAUUAGGGCAUCGGUAAGAUGCAGUGAGCGGGGUAUUGACUGAACACUAGUAGGACGUAGGAGCAUAUUCGUCUUCCAGGGUGUUGUUUUGUGCGAAACCCGAUCAGACGAUAUUUGGGAGCUGGUGGAUGAGUUACUGGUUGAUACUCUCCAGAUACAGGAGCUUUCUUUCUAUGUGUAAUUAAAUUCCAC